AUGCAUACCGAAGAAGAAACGAAGAAGCUUGCCAGUAUUGCUAAGCUCGAGGAUAAACUUCAACAGCCCGGAAACCAAUUGAACGCCUUAAGACUUCUACAAGCACUUACAGUAAAGGAGGUCUACGAAGCUAAGAGGCAAUUAGAAUUGAUCGAAGAAAGGUUCUGCAAGCUCCAAGAAGCCAGCGUCACAGAAGGUAGUCGUAAUGAAGGUUUCGAAAAACAACUAGACGAGCUUCGAAAGGAUAAAGAAGGACUUCGUUCACUUAUAUCCGAAGCAGAUGCGACUACUCAGAAUACUAAAGACAGCCUUGAGAGCCUCCGCACGAAGGUUAGUGACGAAUAUUUUAAACUGACUGCGGACAAUGCCAGGUUUGGGAAGGACAUCAAGACUUUGAACAAGCAGAUUGAUCGUCACCAAGAGCAACUAUCCACCGUCGAGAGUGCCCUUGAAGGUUUUCGUUCAAAGCUACCCAAGCCUCAGGAUAUCGCCACACUAAACGACACUCUAGCUCGCCUGGAACCCAUGGUGAGAUCCAUGUACGACAAGAUAGACAAAGUCUCUACACUCACCCUCGAGGAAAAGGAGGCGUUGGCAGAGGCUAUCAGCAAUCAAGCCCGGGUCCGUAACUUUCUAGACACUUUCGUUCCUAAACAGGAGGACUUCUUCCAGUUUCUCGAGAAGCUCCGCGAAGCGAACUCCCAAGCGGUAUCAUCUGAAUCCUUCUUACAAGGAGCCGUAAACGAAGGCAGUUUCAACCAUCUCUCCAACCCCCCGUCAUCGGGACCACAACCACCCCUGAAAGCGGUCCAGAUGCUCGAGCAGUACAACCACUUUAGCAACUCGUACCGCAUCAAGCGCCCGAAGAGUGAGACCAAGUUCAUCAGACAGUAUCUCAAAAAGAUAGAUCACAAGGCCGCCUGGUACAUCCAGAUGAAACUUCAGCAAGAAUAUCCCGACCUAGUUGAACCACUCCGACACGCUGAGACGAGUAACAAGAAGGCCAUGAUGAUUUUUGUCGAUAUUAGUAAGCUGCGUUGGGAUCAUGUCAAGAUCGUAAUGCGCAGGAUUAAUGGAAAGGAGUUAUUUGGCCUCUUGGAGGCUGAGUAG